UUUUUAAAUCAUAAUCUAUUGUAAACAUUUUUUGGCAUUUGUAACAGAUAGUUUUGCACUGAUCGCAAUGCAGUCUAUUCUUAUAGUUACUGCAUUUGGUAUUAAAACAGUUAUUUGCAAUUUGUAAUGGAAUGGACAACAGAAGUACAAAGACGCCUUCAAAUGGGAAAGCCUAUAGACAUGAACCAGCAGCAUCAAGCUACUUGUGUUUAACGGAUCUUGAACAAAAACCAUGGCACAGCACUCCCGUCACAAAGAGUAAUGACUUUGUGCCUGGGGGUAGACAAAUUCUCACCCCAGAUUCAAGACAUUAUGGUCCUCACAUUCCAACUGAGCCCUUCUGUUUGCCAUCUUUGCAGGAUACACAGUUUUCUGAAAAGUUCCCUGUUAAUCCAAGAAGUGCCUCACAAACCAUUGCAAAUUUGAAAAAAGAGCUCCAGCUGCUGGUGACAGAGCUAAAGGACAGAGACAAGGAACUAAACACUAUGGCUGCUGCCCAUCGUCAGGAGGUCCAAACCUGGGAGAGAACACGGCAGAAACUGUUGAAACUGGAGCGGCAAUGUGCAUUCUUAGAAGAUGAGCUACAGAAGCGUAAUGACGUUAUUAGGGUCCUGACCAAGCAUGUUGUAGUUUUGGAAACGAGAGAAGAAGAUGCUCUGCAACAACUCAGAGAAUCCCAGCUACAGAUCAGGGAGCUUUCAAACAAAGAACUCAAUCUGAGCAAAAAAUGUCAAGAUUUUGAAGAACAGAACAAGAGCCUUAAUUCCUCAGUUACAGCUCUCUCCACCCAAAUUGGCGCUCUGCAGGUCAGAGAGGAAGAGCUGAGUUCGAUGCUCAAACUAAAGGAAAAAGAUGUGAGUGAAGCUUCAAGCCAUUUGCUGGACCUCACAGGGCAUCUCAAGGACAUGGAGCUAUCCUUAAAAGAAAGUUACACAAAAGAAAGCACACUCCAGACAGAAUUGCAGGAACAAAAGCAUUACUGCACUGAAGCGAGAUGUGCCAUUACUCAGUUAAAAGAGCAACUGCAGCAGCAGAUAGCACAAAGCAGUGCCCAAAGAGAGGAGAUCAUUCGCCUUAAACAGGAGCUUCAACUGGUCAGCCAAAACCAGGCAUUGCCAGAAGAGGGUGAGAGCAGCUGGAAAGAUGAGCUGCUUGAACUUUUCCGCUCAAAGCAGGAAAGAACCACAUCAGAGUUGUUGUGUCUUCGGCAGGUGUGUGAAAAUCAACGUAAUGAUAUCCAGCUUUUACAGUUGAACUUGGAAAGUGCUCGUCAGUCUCAAAAAGAAAGAGUUACCUGGGAAAUACCAAGCAGCCAAGACUAUGUGAACAGAAGAUCAAUGGACAUAGAUGUCUUGUCCAAUUGUUCUUUAAAAAGGAUUUUAAAGGAACUUGAUGAAACUAGUUUGGAACACAGCAGCUGUAGACAACCAAGGCAUCGACAGAGAAGUGCUUCCUUCUUGCACAAGCAGCGUGAAUCACCCAAAGCCUGCCAUCAUCAUGACACUUGUGAGCAACUUCGUGAACAACGUAACACAAAUUGACCUCAGAAGAAACUUCCAUGAACAUUUAUAAAGACAAUAUUUUAACUCAA